GUAGCAGAGCCCAUGGUUGGUGCAUAUGGUGACUACGGAUGAGCCUGAACUUUUCAGUAACCCCACUGCCCUUGGGUCUGCAGCCAACCCUAAGGAAAUUUUUUUAUUUCUCAUUCUUGCAAGAGGUUUUUUAUGAAACCAGGACCGUGGGCAGGGAUUUUUGUCACAGUAGGAGUCACGGUACAAGGAGGCGUAUAAUUAAGAGGCAACAAUUGACAGAUGUGUGCCUGCAACACAAUGGAAUGAUGCUAUAUAUGCUUAAAAAUAAGAACACUUAGUUCUCUGGGACGAGGAAGCAAAAGUGAUAUAGAGGGAAAGACGUCAAGUGUUUUUUCUCCUUUCAGGGAGGUACCCCAAAAGCAAGAUAAAUGGGAUCUCUCCUCCUUCUAUACAGCAGAUAUAGUGAGGACAACCUCGCUGUGUAAAUCAGAAGUAAAAUGUUAACAGUCAGUGGGGUGCUGGUAUUUUUUGUGGUGUCUCUGCUCUUGUUAGAGUUUCUGAAAUUGCAAUGGAUGCGAAGACAAUUUCCUCCUGGACCAACUCCAUAUCCCAUUUUUGGAAAUCUGCUGCAGAUGAACUUCAAAAUUCAUCAUGAGCACCUUAAAAAAAUGGCCAAAAUUCAUGGUAAUAUCUUCACCUUAUGGCUUUCAAACACUCCUGCAGUUGUCCUGCAAGGGUUUCAUGCAGUGAAGGAAGGUCUGACUGCCCAUGCUGAAGAUGUUGCUGGAAGGCCCACAGGCAGAACAUUUCACAUGAUGACACAUGGAAAUGGUGUUAUGUUCUCUAAUGGUCAUCUCUGGAAGCAGCAGAGGCGUUUUGGAAUUGCAACGAUGAGGAAAAUGGGAGUAGGGAAAAAAGACCAGGAUUAUCUACUGCAAGAGGAGGCUGCUCACUUGGUGGAAUACUUACAGAAAACAAACGGAAAACCUCUGGAUCCUGCUGUGCCUGUUGUUCAUACGGUCUCAAGUGUGAUUUGUUCCAUGAUUUUUGGACAUAAUUUCUCCAGAGAUGACAAGAAUUUUCACCGCCUGAUUGAAUCCUUUGACACCAUAGCAGCAUUUUUGAACAGCAUCUCCUUUUUUAUAUAUGAGUUGUCUCCCUGGCUUGCUGGUCUUUUCUUGCCAUCAGUUAAAAAGGUUAAGUCCUCUGUAGAUUUUGUGAAUGCUCUGUUAGCAAAGGAAUUUGAAAGUCACAAAGAAAAAAGAAAACUUGAUGAAAAUCGAUAUUUUAUUGAUUACUACUUGGAUGAGAUAGAUAAAACUAAAGGAGAUGCUGACUCUACUUAUGAUGAAGUAAACUUGAUGCAGACUGUUGCUGACCUCUUCGUAGCAGGCACAGAAACUACAGCCACCACUUUACUGUGGGCAUUGCUCUACAUGGUGAUUUAUCCUGACAUUCAAGAGAAGGUCCAGAAGGAGCUGGAUGCUGUUGUGGGUUGUUCCCAUGUAUUUUGCUAUGAGGACAGGAAAAAGUUGCCCUACACAAAUGCUGUAAUUCACGAGAUCCAGCGAUACAGUAACAUAAUCUUAAUUGCACUGCCCAGAGCAAGUAUGAAGGACACGGAGCUGCUGGGAUAUCAUAUUCCAAAGAACACCGUAGUUUUAGCAAAUAUUGACUCUGUUCUGGCUGAUCCUGGAAAAUGGGAGACACCUGAUCAGUUCAACCCAGGCCACUUUCUGGAUAAAGAUGGAAACUUUGUAAACAGAGAAGCCUUCUUACCAUUUGCUAUAGGGCACCGUGUGUGUAUGGGGGAGCUCUUGGCAAGGAUGGAGCUCUUUAUUGUCUUUUCCACCCUGCUACAAGCAUUCACAUUCACCCUGCCAGAAGGAGUGAAGGAAGUCAACACCAAAUUUGUUUUUGGGAGCACGAUGAAGCCACCUCCCUACCAGCUCUGUGCCAUUCCUCGAUAGGAGAUGGCAGAUUCAGGGAAGAGUCACUCUGUAAAGCAUCUUCUGUAUGUGAAUUCCUUUUUGCAUGUCCUAAGAUUUUUGGUUUCCUUUUCAUCUGGUUAAUUGCUACCCUGAAACAUUCUUGAUAGACAGUUGUAUCCUGAGUAUUACAAUUAGAAAUUUUGUUCUUUUUUUUUUUUCUGUUUGGAAAAUAUUGGUAAACUUCUCCUGAUGUGUAACA